AUGCCUAGCCUAUCUUUCAAACGAACACCACUCGAAGACUGGCAAAAGAUACAAAUCGCGGGUCUUGAAGGGACCGUCAAAGCUCUAAGAAAUGAAGUUGCUGCUGAGAAAAUGAAUGUAGCGAGCCAUGUCAAAUCCGAAAAGGAAAUAGAUUCGAAUUGGCGAAGACAUGUAGAUGGCUUAUUUCGAGGAUUAAGAAAGGAUUGCGCAGCUUUGCAAAGGAGUAUUGAAGAUAAAAUAAUUGAAUCUUGUAGGUAUAAUGGGUCGGGAUAUCAGUUUAGCGAAGGGAGAGAAGCGGAUUAUAGAAAUGCAAUAAGAUCGCCUGGGUGUGAUGGGGUGGGGUGUCAGACUAGCGGAAGUAAUAGAAAUGGGAAAAGAGAUCAAGGGUUCCAGGGAGGACAGGGAGGCAAAAGAAUGCAGGGAACUCAGGAGAGAGGCUGGGGAGGGCAGGAAUUACAGGAAAAUGAGGAAGAUAAUGAAGAUAAGGGAAGCCAAGGAGAUCAGGUAGAAGAUGUAAGCCAAGGAAGCUGGGGAGAUCAGGGAGGUCAAGGAAGUUGGGGAGACCAGGGAGAUCAAGGCGAACAAGCAGAACAGGUAGAUCAGGAAGCCGAAGGAGAGCAGGGAGGAUGGAACUGA